GAACUCGGGAGAGAGAGGUUUCUGCGCGGAGCUCCCACUCAGCCCGUGCUGUCAGUCCCGGUUCCAGCCGCUGCCAGACCGAAUAGGAGCAGAGGCGGUCCUCCUGCUACAUCGGCUCUACCGGAGGAUGACACUCGCUGUCACACGUUAAGGACGGAUCUUCAUUAUUACUUAAGUCAAAUUCUGAGCCGGGAUUCUCUCGCGGCAGCGGAUGGCUAGCAUUUCGUCUGGUUUUACAAGGGCGGUGAAGCGAUGGGAUAUAUAAGCGUAGGAAACUAAAAGUCGGGACACGCACCGACUGAAGAGGAAAAAAAAAGGCUGACAGCCGAAUUUUCAUUUCCUUAAAAGACAGCAGCGACAUUCUAAAACACAAAACAAAAGGGGAACAGUUUUCAGCGGCCGCUUUGGGAAGGCGGCUCGUAUCAUUUCUCCCAGUGACAAAGGAGGGGUGCAGCAGCCGCGAUCGAAUUUAUUUAUGGACACGGCGGGCACGGACUGCGAGGCGCGUUUUAAUUCGGAUGAGAUUGAUCGCUGGCGAAGCGGAGAGGGACGAGGGCCAAAGCAUUGUCUCCAUCAGAAGACGGGAUAGAUGCACUUUGCGUAGAGAAGCGCAGCCAACUGGGAUGCCACGCGCUCAUCCGACGCCACUGCCUAGGAAUACAGACACGCCGCAAAAAUAAAGGAUAUAAAAUAUACGCAGGGUCUUUGUUUCUCUAGACCCCCACCCCUCGACACCCCACCCCUCGAGAUUACCCCGUUGCACAAACUAAAUAGUCAGGCGCUGCCCUGCUAUCUCAAAUUGAGGAAGUGGAAAUAUUAGCGGGUUAGUCAUUAAGCAGCCGAGCAUUACCGAAUGCAAUUGGAAAUGUGCAGCUGGCCAGGGGGUGUAAUACAUUAGGGGAAGGCCUGCAAAUUUGAAAAAUAUAUUUUAAUAAGAAAAACAUUACGCAUCCAAUCAACAGAAAAAUACAAGUGUACCCAUCUCUCGCGUCCUGGUUCAUAUUUCAUCCUACACGGAGAGAGGCACGGUCUAGGACAAAACGGUGCUCGUAACAAGGCAGCGGAGAACUACCCCCCCAACCCCCACCCCCCUUUCGUCUGUUGAAUUCAGCCGAGAGCAGAGAGAGAGAGACAGAGGGAGAGAGAGAGAGAGAGAGAGAGAGGGGGUCCAGGGAACGAAAUCCGGGACGGAUCAAAGAAAAGGCAUAAAGAAGCACGUUUUGAUUCGAGUGCCUUUCAAGUGGAAUACAUUGGGACAGUCCUCAGUGUAAAAUCCUCAGACUGGUCACGCACGUCGGAUGAGGGGCUGAUAUAAAAAAGAGCAAGCUGCACCCGAUUCUCUCACUUGGUGGGAUUCCGGAUGAACUGAAUGUUAAUAAGGGGGUACGGCAUUAAGUGCGGAGAGAUUUAUUAAAGCGGUACCCGCUGAUCCGAUCACACCCCCUAUAUCCCCUUCUUUUUUUAUCCUGCUCCAGUGGCUAAUAGGUGAUACCUCUGGUGUAAAUUUUAUUGUAUGACCAAUAAUAGGCGAACAGGUGCAAAGUGUAGCACAAGCACGAAAAGGAAGCACGAGGAAGAACGUUUCGGGCCCCCGUUUGGGAUCAUGGAGGGCGAUCGGGACAUGUAUCGGCAGUUUCAAGACUGGUGUCUCAGGACAUACGGCGAUUCGGGGAAGACGAAGACAGUGACCCGUAAAAAAUACGACCGGAUCGUGCAACUGCUCAACGGGUCGGAAUCCAGCUCCACGGACAACGCCAAGUUUAAAUUCUGGGUCAAGUCUAAAGGUUUCCAGCUUGGGCUUCCAGAGGAUAUCAGCGGAGGGGAGAAGCAAGUGCUGUACGUGCCCGUUAAAACCACGGAUGGUGUUGGAAUUGAUGAAAAGGUCUCCUUGAGGCAAGUUGCCGUAGUUGAAGACUUCUUUGACAUAAUUUAUUCCAUGCAUGUGGAAAAUGGAACAAAUGGAGAAAAGACGAGGAAACACGCCGGACAAAAGAGAACAUAUAAGGCAAUUUCUGAGACCUAUGCCUUCCUACCAAGAGAAGCAGUGACACGUUUCCUAAUGAGCUGCUCUGAAUGCCAGAAGAGAAUGCAUUUAAAUCCAGAUGGGGCAGAUCAUAAAGAGAAUGGCAAACCGCCCACUUUGGUGACCAGCAUGAUUGAUUACAACAUGCCCAUUACAAUGGCCUAUAUGAAGCACAUGAAGCUGCAGUUGCUGAACUCUCGCAACGAUGAGGAAGACAGCUCUUUGGAUAGUGAUGAGUUUGAUAUGAGUGACUCGACGCGGAUGUCAGCAGUGAACUCUGACCUUAGUUCUAACCUUGAGGAGAGAAUGAAUAGCCCUCAGAAUCUUCACAAUCAACAGGAUGAUGAUUCAGCUGCAGACAGCAUAAAUGGAAAUGAAACUAUGGCGUAUAACUCCAGCCUUACAAGAAGCAGCAAUGGGAGAGAGAUGGCGGAUGUUAAUAGCAACUGCAAAGGGACAUCGGAGCAAGACCAGCAGCCUUUGAACCUGAGUGACGGCUUGUUGACUUCUGAAUCCCACACAGAAAACCACACUGCCAAUGGCAGAAGCAAAUACAAAAACCUUCUACUCCCUGACAUGAAAACUGACCCCAAGGAAAAUGGAAGCAAGUCACCAGCACACAGUUACUCCAGUUGUGACUCAGGCAAGAACGAGAGUGUAGGGGGUGGAGCAGAAGACCUGUCUCUGACUCGUGGCGAUGAUGACGACGAAGACUCCGAGAAGGCAAUGGAAGUCGAGGGAGUAGAGGCGGAACGGCUUAAAGCGUUUAAUAUGUUUGUCAGGCUGUUUGUAGAUGAAAACUUGGACCGCAUGGUCCCAAUAUCUAAGCAGCCCAAAGAAAAGAUCCAGGCUAUCAUUGACUCAUGUAGGCGACAAUUCCCUGAGUAUCAGGAACGCGCCCGGAAACGUAUUCGCACUUACCUGAAGUCCUGCAGGAGGAUGAAAAGAAAUGGUUUUGACGCGUCCCGACCUAUUCCUUCACACCUCACUUCAGCGGCAGCAGAGAACAUUUUGGCCUCAGCUUGCGAGAGUGAAAGCAGAAAUGCCGCAAAGAGGAUGCGUCUCGAAAGACCACAGGAUGAAUCUGCUUCUACUGAGAAACAGUAUAAACAAGAACCAGGCGAGGUCACUUUCCCGGUAUCAGCUGUUUCUUCUGCGCAGGAGGUGUUGUACAUCAAUGGUAAUGGAACCUACAGUUGCCAUAGUUACGGCGGGUUAGGGGGAGGACUGCUGAACCUCAAUGAAGCAUCUAGCAGUGGGCCUACUGAUCUAAGUAUGAAGAGAACAACGGCACAGAAUUCAGGCCCCUCCAGCAGUUCAAGUUCCAGACCUCAGCUGAAUGUCACUGAAAUCAAUGCAGUCAGGCAGCUUAUUGCUGGCUACAGAGAGUCAGCUGCAUUUCUCCUUCGCUCCGCUGAUGAACUUGAAAACCUGAUCUUACAGCAAAACUGAUCCCAAUGACCUCUGGACAGCACCACAUGAAGCAAAGACGGCUUCCUGUGAAGGGAAUUUGGCUUAUUUUUCUCGAUGCCUCUUCAUUGCACUGUAUCUGCUUAUGAAAACCCCUUUUUUUGGCUGCCAUAGAAAUAAUGUUGACCUUACACCCAAGCGCCCCCUUCCUCUGCAGUGUCGAAGAACACUGGCUGCUUUGAAUCAUUGACCUCUGGUAUUUCUCAAGGUACCUCACCGCUUACGGAGUUACUUGCUUGAACUAUCAUUUAUCGGCAAAUCAAACUGAUUCAAAAAAAAAAAAAAAUUAACAAAUGCAAUGGACUUUUGUUUUGAUUGCUGUACUUUUUAUUAUUUGUUCUAUUGUCCGGAUUGAUUUUUUUCUUGUCUUAGGUGAAUGGGAUAAGAAUUUAAAUGAUAAUGUGAAUUAUGAAAUGAUCUGAUAUGGACAUGCAAUAUUAUUGCAGGGUGCUACUGACUGUUUUCUUAGACCUUUAACUGGAUAAUGAAACUUUUUAUAUAACAGUGUUUUAUUGCGUUAUUGUACAGUAGUGAUAAUGUGGGACCAACUAUGUGAAAAUCAAUCUUUUACUUAACCCUUUAAGGGCCACUAUUUCUCAUAUGGUAGCUUUUCCAGCACAUGUACUGUUGAAUUUAAUAUUCAAUAUUAGAAAGAAAGAAAGAAAGAAAGAAAGAAAGAAAGAAAGAAAGAAAGAAAGAAAGAAAGAAAGAAAGAAGCACUCAGUUUUUAAAGAGGUUUGGAGAAAAUUUGUUUGAAUUAAAGGUCAUUGAUAGAACUUAUGUUGUAUCAAUUAGUGAUAAUACUGCAGCAAAGGCAGACAUGUUAAUGAAUGGUGAUUAUUAGUAGCUCUGAUUUUUUUCAUUCAUAAAUGCUAAAGAUAUGUUUACUCUGACUCUCACGGUAUAGUCCAUUUUCUUCAUAAUCAUUUACAUUAUGGUGAUAUUUUGGAAAUACAUUUCAGCAGAGUUUUCCAAUAUGGACACAUUUAUUUUAAACACUGAGGUGGUGCCUUGAAAAUACUGAAAAGUGUAAUAAAAAAAAAGCAAAGCAACAAGCAUAUGAGAGGUGAAAGUGAGCAGAGGCAAAUAAAGUGCAAUAUUUCAAAAACACAUAUCAUUUAUGACAUUUAACCCUUGUCCCGGAGUAAAUAUGUUGGUAAAAUGAGUGAGCAUCAUGAAGGAGAGAUCAUUUUCGGUACUAACCAUUGUACUACGGACAGCAUACCAGAACUUUGAAUUGUUUAAUUACGUUCAGUGAUACUUGUUUAUUUAAAGAUGUAUGUACAGCAUAUAUUUCAGGAGAUGCGUGUAGACACAUUUGAAUGCCGUUUCACAUGUACGGUCAGUAUCAGGACUGUUGUCAAAUCCAGCAGUUUUCUGUCUUGCUUAUCGGUUUCAGAGUCGCACUAUGUUGGGUUUUCUCCCACAGUCAACAGACCAAAGUUGUCUGUAUCAUCACAGGGUCUACACCCAAAUGUCCAUUACUAAACUUUAGAACUGUCUAUUUUUUCAGUGGCGUCUUUAAAAUGAUGGAGCAAAUCAUGGUACAUGGAGGAAACUCAUCUGAACAUUGGAAAAAAAUCAUGCAAACCAUGCACAACAGACACCUCAGCCUAAACUCUAUUGUAUUGUUAUUUAAUUCUCUAAAUUUGUAUUUCUGUGUAAGUGCCAUUUCAAAAAAUGUGAAAGCCAUAGCAAAAGUCACACAUAUUUAACGUGGUUUGUACUCAGAUGUCAACAGUGGCUGUCUCUGUCUGUAAGUCGCACGUCUCAUUAUAAUCUUUGAUAAUUCUGUCUGAGGAGAGGCUCACAUUUCCCAGGAGAGACUCUUGCAGUAACCAGCCAAGUCAAAGACAAGUCCUUGUAAACAUUUUACCACCACAAAGGGGAAUCAUCCUGAAACACAACGUUAGGGGUUUGCUUCUCGGUCCCGUAACUAAUUAAUCACAAUUACAGUCAUUCUUUUUUGGUUGGAAGGGGGAGUCUCUUAGAGCUUAUAAUGGCCAAAGGGACAGCUUUGCUGUGGCUUCAGGCAGCUAUGCCCCCACUACCCAUCGUUUCCUAUUAUGAAACCAUCUGUCUUUUUAAACUCUUAUCAGCAAUGGUGUCUAAUAACUUUUUCCCACAGUUCAUUCCCCCAAAUUAACCAAACAUCUCCAACCUAAAAGUCUUCAAAAUAAGAAACCUGUAUUUUGAUUAGCAAUGAAAUAUUAUGCAAACUUGCACCAAUCCAUCUACUUUCUGAACCUUCUGUAGUAAACCUGUGGUGGCAAUGCUGGGCAUAAGGCAAGAGCCAUCCUUAAAAAGUAGAGCAGUCCAUUGCAGUGCCCACUGUAACAUUUGUUCAUGUCAGGCAAAUUAAUAUCUUUGGAAUAACUGGAGAAUAAACUUAUAGCAACUCCACACUCAUUGACCAGGCUGAGAUUCAACCUCUACUGGAGCUAUCCGGCAGCAGCACUAAUCCUCAUGUCACUCUGCCAUCUAUUAGGUGUUAGGUUGGCUACUUUAUCUUACUUCAGUUGUUCCAACCCUUCCUGGAACUUCUCGUAAAAAUUUGCAAUCAGUUUUGGGUUUUUUUAUUCCAGAGAUUUUGGUGAUGACAUGUAUUUUCUGCCUUCCGGCUUAGCUUUUAUUUUUGUGGAAUGAUCUGAAAUGUUUCCGCUGUUGUGUUUUGAGCCCCUGUUUUGGGGACGUGUCCUCGGAAGUUGUGAACCGUCAAAGUCAUAUCCAGAGCCGAGUUCAUAGAAUCAGAAAAACAAGUUCUUCCUUUCAC